CCUUCCCAAACAAGACCCGGGUGGCUAUAUUGGCAGAGCUAGAAAAGGAAAGGAGGCGACUGAUGCAGAGUCAGUCCAUGAAUACUCCUGGAGCCAGCAUCUCGCUGGCCCGGCCCAGUGUUAAGGACUUCAGGGACAACGCAGAACAGCAGCACAUCGCUGCGCAGCAGAAAGCAGCCUUGCAGCAUGCACAUGCACAUUCUUCAGGCUUCUUCAUCACUCAGGACUCCUCAUUUGGAAACCUCAUCCUCCCAGUUCUUCCACGCCUGGAGCCCGAGUCUUGACGUUUUACAUCCGAUCUACCUUCUGGUGUGAGAG